AUGCCUGUUGAACCAGGAAAGAGAGUUCAGAUCCAGCUAUGGGAUACAGCAGGCCAGGAGCGCUUCAGAAAGAGCAUGGUGCAGCACUACUACAGGAAUGUACAUGCUGUUGUGUUUGUGUAUGAUAUGACAAACAUUGCCAGUUUUCACAGUCUGCCGUCAUGGAUAGAGGAAUGCAAACAACACCUUCUUGCCAAUGAUAUACCACGGAUUCUUGUUGGAAAUAAAUGUGACCUGAGGAGUGCUAUUCAGGUACCUACGGACUUGGCCCAGAAGUUUGCUGAUACUCACAGUAUGCCGUUGUUUGAAACCUCUGCCAAAAACCCCAAUGACAAUGACCAUGUGGAGGCCAUAUUUAUGACACUGGCUCACAAGCUUAAAAGUCACAAGCCAUUAAUGCUUAGUCAACCCCCAGAUCGUGAUGAAAUACAUAUAAAGCCUGAACCAAAAUCUGCCAUGACCUGCUGGUGUUAAAUCAUACUAUUAUCAGCUGUCACCUUGUCUUGUUUGCAAAUGCUUCAAAAUUAUGAUCUUGGCAAAGUUCCAGGUUUUGGUAGCAAUUAUAGCGAAUCUCUUUGGCACUUUAAUGUGGGGUGGUUUUUUUUUUUCUGGUGUAGACGUGCCCAUCUCAUGUUCUUGCACUUUGUAAUUGUACUUUCUGAAUUACUGAAGUUUCACUAUAUAAAUAUACAGGAAAGUAAACUUUCAAGUGAGGCUUUGACAAAGCAAUUCUACUUGAGCUCUUGCUGCCUGAGAUUGUUUUCAUCACUUGUGGUAAGGUUAUAAAUAGUAAGCCAGUU